UUUAUGAAUGAAAUUUGUCUUCAACAAGUUCAGAGCAUAUUUGUUACAAGCUACUCAUAUAAGCUAAACAUAAUGUCUAUGGCAAACAAAUUAAUAAUAGAACCUUUCUAUGGUGGCUCCCAUAAACAAUUAAUUGACUUAUUAUGCAGGGAAGUGAGUGACUGUCAAUUGUUUACUUUGCCAGCUAAAAAAUGGCACUGGAAAGCCAGGACUUCCUCACUGUAUUUGAGUCAGGUUAUACCAGUUUCACAUAAAUAUAAAGUGUUGUUUGCAAGUUCUGUGUUAAAUUUAUCUGAGUUGGUAGCAUUACGACCAGAUUUACUUCCAUUAAAAAAGAUUAUCUACUUUCAUGAAAACCAACUUGUUUAUCCAGUUAGAAAGCAGCAGAAUAGAGAUUUUCAAUAUGGCUAUAAUCAGAUUUUAACAUGUUUGGUAGCAGAUGUGAUUAUAUUCAACUCAAAAUACAAUAUGGAAUCAUUUUCAACAUCAAUAAAUUCGUUUCUAAAGUUAAUCCCAGAUCAUCGGCCAAAAAAACUAGAAGAAAAGAUUCGGCCUAAAUGCAAAGUCAUUUACUUUCCACUUAAAUUUACUGAUAAUCUAUCACCUCAAUCAACAGCAGUUGAAGAUUUGCAUGAAAAAGAUGUUACUAAUGAAAUAGUUAUGUUAAAUAAUGACAUUACUAAUGAAACUACAUCCCCAAAUUGUGAUCAGAUAGGGGAUGAAUGUGAAGAUUUAAUCAAAAUGGAAGUAGCUGAGGAAACAAGAAUAUCAGAAACUGAUAAUAAUAAAAUCACUAAAGAAUGUAUGACACAUAUGAGUGAAUGUCAAGAAAGUUCUAUAAUACCUCAAGUAAAUAUUGAAGAAACUAAUAAAGAUGACAAUAAGGAACCAAAUCUCUGUGACCUUAAAAGACAGAAAUUAGACAAUAUUGUUAGUAAUUCUCCUGGAGAUAGACAAUGUAAUUAUUCUGUCCACCUCAGCAGUAACCAUAGUGAUGACGUUAAUUCUACAGAUCAAUCUGUUUUAAGUUAUAAAACACCUAGUAAAGUUUUACAUAUUUUGUGGGCUCAUAGAUGGGAACAUGAUAAAGAUCCUGAUACAUUAUUUAAAAUAUUAUAUCAACUAGAUGAAUCAGGAUUAUCCUUUAAUCUGUCUGUAUUAGGUGAAAUGUUUACGGAUGUACCAGAUAUAUUUGGUGAAGCUAAAGAGAAAUUAUCAUCACAUAUAAUAAAUUGGGGAUAUUUAGAAAGUAAAGAUGAAUAUUAUAAAGUUUUACAACAGGCAGACAUCACAGUAUCAACUGCUCUUCAUGAAUUUUUUGGAGUAGCCAUGUUAGAAGCUACAUAUUAUGGAUGUUAUCCUUUAUGUCCAAAUAGACUUGUUUAUCCAGAAAUAUUCCCAGCCUCCUGUCUAUACAACACACCAAAUCAACUCUAUAAACAACUAAAAAACUUCUGUAGAAAUCCACAUUUAGUCAAAACAAAAUUACCAAAGAUUGAUGUGAGAAAAUUUUUAUGGGAGAAUCUUAAAGAAGAAUUUAUGUCAUUAUUUUGUACAAAUUGAAUAAAUCAUUUAAAAAUUA